AAAGAAUAUAUUUGUAGAGGUCGCUGCGUAGAUUGAAAAGCGAGCGAAGUCGUUUGGCGAAAGUUUUGUAUGAAGUUAGGAGAUAUUAAUUGAUAAAAAAUGUCAAGUAAGAAAUCAAAGUCAAGAAUUCAACAAAGUAGUAGUGAUUCUGAUUCUGGUCCUGAAGAUCGUCAUCCACCACAGAAGAAAGUAAAAGUAGAUAAGAAAUCUGCUAGUAGUAGUGGAAAUGCUGAAACAUCAAUGUUUCAGUUAUCAAAAAUGCGGUAUGUGAGUGUAAGAGAAUUUCGUGGGAAGGUAAUGGUUGAUAUUAGAGAAUAUUACGAUUCAAAUGGUGAUCUAAAACCAGGAAAGAAAGGAAUAUGUUUGUCUUUGGAUCAAUGGAAUUCAUUAAAAGAACACAUUGACAGUAUAGAUGAUGCCAUUAAAAUGUUUUAACUGAAAUAUUCAACAUUAUAUAAAUUUGUAAACUUUAAAAAUUCUUAAAAUUUUUAAUUGAAAAACCUUUAUUUAGAAUUUUAAUAAUAACAACUAAAAUUUAAUAUUUCAAAGUGAAAAAAAAAUAUUGGUUGUGUGGUGUGAUUCAAUUGAUAGUUAGGCUUAAAAUAUAAUUUUUCUCCUCAUAAAUGUACUGAUGUCAAAAAUGUUUAAAAUGUGAUUUCAUAUUUAAUUUUGUUUCUUGUCAUUUAAUUUUAUAUUACAUUAAGAAAUUUUUACAUUGAAAUUUGUAAUUAUACUUUUAAGUAAAGUAUUUUAUAAAAAAAAAUUUAGUUCAAAGAAUUGAACGUUUGUUUACUUCUCAUCUUGUGUUGAAAUAAUUAAUAUAUGGCUUUUUAAGAAUUCAGUUUAAUAUAAAUAUUCUGUAAUAAUUUAAAUUUCAAUAAAC